CUGAAGGCCUGAGGGCCCUUCAGUCAAAAACAACACUCAUACACCUUGUGUCCCUCUCGGGUACAACCAAUAGAAAUGGCGACAUCUUCUAGAAAGUCAAAGGGAUCGGUGUUGCCGUUAGCGUCGAUGUUCCACUGUUCCAUUUUGCCGUCCGGCAGGUUUGCGUCGUCAACAACUGCCGGAUUUUAUUCGUCUCCUUCUUCUAGUUACAUUCACCGUCGUCCUACUUCGUCGACGCGAGUGAACCUUCAUGGUCUCACCUCGAUGACUUCAUCAUCGGUGAGUUUCUCGAUAGAGAAUAGAUCUGGUUCUGCGAUCAGGUCGAUGGUGGUGUCUCCUCGAGAUCAAGUUGUACGGGAGCAGAACGGAAGGACUUUACCUAAGAAGAUGUGUAUGUGUUCGCAGACGAUGCAUCCAGGAUCGUUCAGGUGUAGUUUACGUAAGACCUACAACAAUAGUCACUCGAUGACGUCAUAUUCUCCAAACAGAUUGAAUGCUCGAAGGUCUGCGAUGACGAACUCGCUGGUGCGAAUCGCUACCGUCGAAGGAGGUGAUCUGGUGAAGAGAGCUCUCGCGGCCUUGAUCCGACCUUCAUCGCACCAGCAGAGGCAGAGGUCGGCUUUUCAACCGAGACCUAGCCGUUUGUCGAUCUUGUCCAAUGCUGACGACUCAUGACUUUUUUGCUUCAAGAAUCUCCGGUUGCUCGGUUAUGCAUUUGGUGUUUUUUACAUCCAUCACUUUCAGUUUUAGAUCUCGCGGUUCCUGGAUUCCGGCGAAGACUGCUGCUUUUGAAAUUCGACGACAUUAAAACCUAUCCUCGCAAUUUUGACAGGGAUGAAGUUUAUCAGCUAUCUAAGCGAAAACGAAGUGUCCUUUGUACACAAAUCAUAGUAAAUGUUUGCAAAAUUGAUCGAAGGACAUUUUGGGACAAAUUUCUAAUUUCAUUGAACAACUUUAGAAUCGGAAUUAAUUCAGUAACAAAAUUCGAAACAACUUCGAUCA